AUGGCCGGAGCCCCGUGCCACCCCGACCCCGUCGCCUCGUCCCCGCCGUCGUCGACCCCGUUGCCGUCCUCCUCGCCGGACCUCGCGUCUUCGCCCUCUUCCCCGCCGGCCGCCAGCAAGCCUCGGCGCCCCCUCUCCCCAUCAACGCCAAUGAGGCCCCCCCGGCAUCUCCUCCUCUCUCUGCCCUCGCACACGACCGCGGCCAUCACGCCCCGGGCCGCGUCCAAGCUCGUCGCCCGCGUCUGUAGCGACGAGACCUCAAAUGCGUCGUCCCGCUGCCUCGCGCUCUGGCCUUGCCCUUCUCGCCGCUGCUCCGCCCGGUCACCGCGACCCCGUCCCGCCCGGCGUGUCACCUCGCGCGCUCGCGCCCGUGCUGUGGCCGGCUACCGCGUGCUGCUGCUCCUGCAGCUGCGCCGCCCCCGCUUCUCGCGACAACCACCGUGCCACCGCCCCCGCCUCACACGCAUGCUCCCCUCGCCCGUGCUGGCCUCGCCCACGCCGGCCUGGCGACCUGCCAGGUCCGCCGCCCUUCCCCGCGCCCCUGGGCAUACACCUGCUCGGGCUGCGCCCAGCGCCCGCGCCAGCGUCGCCUAUUCGGGCAGCCCCCGCGGCACCCGAAUCCACUAUGGCCCUUAG